CACUACUUACCAUUCUUUCUCUCUCCUCAAUCAUUUUCCCUAUUUCUCUCUCUCUCUACAACAUUCCAUUACCAAAUUCAUAAUGGGUUAUUUCUCCUGCAAUUCCAAAUCCUCCAUUUCCAUCUGCAAUCCAUACAAAUCAUCUACACAAAUCAAAACAAUCCACGUCAGAAAUUUCUCAUAUUCCGAUCUUCAAACCGCCACUAAUGGCUUCUCCUCCGAUAAUUUCCUCGGAAAAGGAAGUCACGGUUCUGUUUACAGAGCCGUAUUAGACGACGGUAAACUUAUCGCCGCCGUGAAAAGGCCACCGGCGUCGGAGAAUACUCACGUUGAGAAUGAGAUCGAGAUCCUUGCUUGUGUACGAAGCCCUAGGAUUGUUAAUUUGGUAGGGUUUGGAAUUGAUUCUAAGGAGAGGAAAUUGAUUGUUGUUGAAUUAAUGCCAAACGGGACUUUAUUUGACUCGCUUCAUAUCACUAGUAAACCGCCCGGUUGGAAUAGACGUGUCCGGUUCGCGGUUCAGGAUUCUAGAGCUAUUCUUCAUCUUCAUUCAUUGGAUCCGCCGGUCAUUCACAGGGACAUAAAGUCAUCAAACAUUCUAAUAGACUCAGAAUCAAACGCGCGAUUAGGAGAUUUCGGGUUAGCGUUAAGAGGACACAUAGAAGACGUCCACUUAAAAUGCACACCACCCGCCGGUACAUUAGGUUACCUAGAUCCAAGCUAUCUCGCACCAGGUGAUCUCACUUCAAAAUCCGACGUUUUCAGCUUCGGCAUUCUCCUUCUCGAAAUCAUCACCGGCCGUAACGCAAUCGACAUGAAUUUCAGUCCACCUUCAGUAAUCAAUUGGGCCAUUCCCCUAAUUCGAAUCGGCCAUUACGACGCCAUAUGCGACCGUAGAAUCGGUCCUCCUGAAGAUCCUUUCGUUUCAUCCGAACUCGCGAUUAUCGCAAGCAGAUGCGUUUUACCGGAAGCGGUAAAGCGACCGGAGAUCGCGGAGGUUGUUGAGUGGUUGAAAGCGGUGAAGAGACGAAUAGUCACGUGGCGCCGGCACGUGAACUGCGGUGGGAUUAUUAGGUCAGGAUCUAGUCAGAUUAAAUAUGAACCGUUGGAUGAUAAAUUGUUGAGAUCUGGACGGAGUAGAUGGAGUAGGAAAGCUUCGAAUGUUGUUCCGGCGACGGAAGAAACGGUUGGUGGGGGGAAUGAUCGUAUGGUUCGAUCUAGAUCGGUUGGAUCUGUUUGGGAGAUGAUGAAAGAAGAUAGACGGUUGGAUCGAUGUUUGGAAAGGGUGGGAUUUGGUGUGAAAACGUCCACGGUAGUUAGAUUGAGGAAGGCGAAAUCAAUGGCUGCUAUUUCAUGUGGUGAUGGAAAUUUAGAAAUGUCUAAAUUGUUGGGUAAUGUAGAGAAAAUGGGCAUUAAUAGGAAUAAUAACAAAUAACUCAUUUUUUUUGAUUUGGCUUGUGUAAUGUCUUUCCUAUUAUUAUUAUUAUUAUUAUUAUU